AUGUCGGUCCAUAUCUACCACAUCGAUAACGAGUCCUUCUUCAUGACCAUCCCGUACCUUUGGAUCUCGUUGCUGCUCAACGCCGUGCUUUUGUGGUGGGCGCUUUCAAACGUCCUGUUUUCGUCCAUCCCCGUUUUGCACCACUCCGAUCCUCAACACAUCGAUGCUGCUAGUUGGUACAAAGCACACCCGGUGGACUUGCUCAAUGCCUCGGCUGUUUUCAACACGGUCCACGGGGCAUUGAAGCAGAAAGACUCCAACUUGAUGCCCGUGGGCGUCUCCUUCAUUCCAGCCUACAUCCCGCCAAACACGUUGAUGUACCACUCCACGUCUCAGCCUGAGAUUCCAGAAACGUUCGAGUGGAUCGCCAUGGACUGGGAGUUCAGCUACAGCUUUGCAGGCUUCCAGAGGGGCAAAAAGCUGCACUUUGGACCACCCCCCAAGAAACCACACGCGUCAAAGUUGCCCGGCAAGUUUGGAAAACCUCGUGGAGACUCGUACCUCUACACCUUCAGAAACACCAAGCCUUUGGACAAAAUCAUCUACUUGGAGGGCGCGUCUGCCGCCAAAACGGCCUCAGGCGAAAUGGACCAGCAGUUGGUGCUCAGCAACCAGGACAGCUACGAUGGCAUUGUAGACGAGUACACUGCUGCAGAUGUGAUUUGCAAGUGGGGCAAGGACUUCGGGCUCCAGGGCUAUAUUCGCUUGGAAGUGGGCUUUGAGAUGGUGCUCUGUGACUUCCACGACGGCAUCGAGCUUGCUGCAAAUGUGUCUUUGGCGAAUGUGACCGAUUUGGCUCAUUUGCCCAACGAGAAGCCAGAAGCUGAAACUCCGCUUGAGAAGAAAAGGGAGAAACUUGUCGACUCCUGGGCCCACAUGAACAGCUGGGAGUGGGCCAGUUCGGGUGCUCAUGUCAACGACGGAGAAAACCGGAUCUUGCUUGACUACUCCAAGAUGGUCACACCUCACAACAAGACGUGGAUGGACCCCGACCCCUAUAUGCGCCGUUUGCUUACUCUUUCCAAAAAUGAAAAGGAGACCCUCAUCAGCGAUGUCCGCAAAAGCAUGCUUGAGCCUGCAGAGCCAUACAAGAAGACCGACUGGCAAUUGGUCACGGGGCGCUUGGAAGAGAAGUUUGCGCCUUUGUUGAUGAUGUUGGAGACGGCGUUCCGUGUGUUUGAGAACGAGCUGGACAAGGGCGAUCUUGGCGAACCGUUGGAAAACGCCGUGGGUGACCUCUCGAGAAUCACCUACAACAUUGUCAGACGGUACGCCGCAAGGGACAUCAGAGACGACAAUGCCCAACGGGAAGACGCCUUCAAGAAGGCUGUAGAGGACUACGCCUCCCAUACUUACCCAUUGACCACCAGCGUGGAGAGUUUGAUCUACUCCUCCAUCUACAAAAUCACCCACGAAUUGAUGACCCACAUUUUUGACAUAUACUACACCAGCAGAGAUAUGUUCCACGAUAUUUACGUGGAGCCCUCCAGCGACCAUCAUGACGAAUUCAAAAAGACCCUUCUCUCAAAGAGAAAGGCGCUCUCAGAGUUCAUGGGUGUAUUGCGCUGGUCGAUAUUCACCCGUUGUAACGAGGCGUGUGCAUGGGACCAGAUCUGCUAUUCUCCUACGUGGGGACCUGGACCGUUUGGGUGGGGAGCCAAUGACAAGUACAUGUACCACGAUGGUGACCGAUACAGGAUACCCAAGGACUUGUCUUGCGUCAGCUGGAAAGAUGUGAGUAGACGCUAA